GCCCGGUUCACGACCAGACAUUUAAUCGAAGUCCAACGAGUCGUUAGGCAAGUUUACAUCGGUAUUCUAAUUGCCGAAAUAGUUUGAUAAUCAUGAUGCAUAAGCUGGUACUUUCGUUGCUUUUCUUGGCAACCGCACUAGCGAUCGUACCGAAAUCUCUUUCGCCGGAUUAUACUCUCUGCAAAAGGAGCGAUCCCGGAUUGAAUAAUUGUUUGAAGUCGGCUAUACAAUCUGCCAUUACGCUUCUCACUCACGGUGACAAGCAUCUCGGCAUUCUGGCUUUGGAUCCCCUUCGAAUCACAAAAUUGAGCAUUAAUCAAGGCACUGGACCAGUCGCUGUAAAUCUUACCUUUUUCGAUUUGGAUAUCGAUGGAAUACGAAAGAUUACAAUAGAUUCAGUUGAGGCCAAAUUGGAGGGACCAAAGCCAGAGUUGUUUCUGAGAGUCAGCGCGGAUCAACCUCUCAUCCUAAAAGGGCAAUAUAUGAUUGAUGGCAAUGUUCUCUUCCUGCCCAUUAGUGGUAAGGGAGACGCUCAACUUGACUUUGUUGGCGUAAACGCAAGCAUUGAUCUGAAGAUGAAAAAAGUUAAGAACAACGGCCACACGUAUGCGGUGCCACAAGAGUUGAUAUUCAGUCUAAACCCAAAAAAUCUUAUUAUCAAAUUGGAAAAUCUUUACGAGGGAAACAAAGAGCUGGGCGACCACAUGAACCGUUUUCUAAACGACGAGUGGGAGACGGUCUACGGCGAACUGCAAGAUUCAAUCCAAAAAGGAUUUGCGGGAGCUGUCAUAGAAAUCAUUACUCGCCUAUUCACAAAGAUUCCUUUCAACUCCAUUUUCUUGAAAUAAUCCAACACAACUAAAUUAUCGGAAGCUGUAGCCGUAUAGAAGAACACCAAAACUGAAAAAGAAUUCGAGAUGUGUUUUAUGGUUGAACUAUGAAGUCCCAAAUUAAUACUGAGUUUGGAACAAGCACUUAUCGCCAACCCAUUGUGAACGCCAUUAUACUUAUCGGUUUUAAUCAACGCACUCAAGCAGUUUUUUACAGAUUAAAUUAAGCUCACUUAGAUCCACAGUUUGUAAAGUUAUUGGUCGUAACCGGUUUGAAUGCAGAGAGACGCAAGAUCAAAAUUAUUGAUAAAUUUUAUUUAAAAAAUCUAUCAAUACGAGUUCCUUUUGGAGUCUACGGAUAAUUGUUAUAUUUGACUAAUAGUGCUACCUGCAAGAAAAUAUUUGUGUAUACCAUAUGUAGGUAUACAUGGAAAUGAGUCAGAUGCUGCAGUCACGUUACAUGAUCUAAUUGUUGAACACAUAUUAUUGUUAUAAAAUAAGAUGUUACCUAAUGUUAGUGAUUAUUGAAUAAAAUUAAUUGUAAUAAAAAAAGAUAUAAUCCCA